GACCUUCAACAAAGUCUGAUUUUGUUUAAUUUAGAACACAUGGACUCUGACUUUUCAACAGAGCUCACCUGUCUGACUGAUAUAGAACAUGAUCUUAACCAGAAUGAGUCUAAACUCCAGGAAAAAGAGAGGCUGGUUCAGUCUUGGCAGCACAGAUGCAGCAAACAAGAGAGCCCUGCUGAAGAACACCUUCUUGACAAGAUGAAACUUGAUUGCCAGAUCUUUAUGGAAGAGAUCAGCCUAUUAUAUCUAAAACGACAGAAGGCGUAUUUGAGGUCAAUGCAUCAGAUGUACAAAGCGAAGGAGUCAUACACUAAGCAGAGCCUUGCCCUGACCCAGCUGAUAACACCUCAGUCCCCUGGCUUACUGUUAGUUGCCCUGGAGACGUCAGGACCUGGGGGGUAUGAGUUUACAGUGCAAUGGAAGGAAGGUCAUGGACUACUAGUAGUGGAGGCUGUAAAUUCACAACUCUGCAUUAAUGACAGACUCCUGGAGGUGAAUGGGGUGAGCGUUGUGGAUUGUGGAGAGGAAGAGUUGAAGCCAUUACUCAGCUGCCAGAGCUCCCGGAUUGUUGUUCUGCGAAAGUAUAACCCUUUCAUUUCUCAGCCCUCAUACCUUGACAGUGGAACACAGCACCCAGCCUUCCUGAACCUGAAGAGACCAGCCUAGGGGGAUUAGAAAGCCACUGAAACCUCUCAGCUCAGUGGGGUGAGGGUCACAUCGCACAGACAAUCUGCCUGGAGUCAAAGCCUGCCUUCCCUCAUUGGGAACCAAACAAUUAGUCUUGUAAGAAGAAGCGGGGCUCUCUCAGCUCUUUCUGACGCAAUCUAUCAAGGAUCAAAGAGAAACAAAAUUCUACACAUGUCUAUCAGAUGGGAAAAGAUUUUGGUUUAAUGAUUAACGACUCUAAUUUUGAGCGCGGUAUUAACCUCUGCUCAAUUUUGAUUACCACACUUCAUUAACCUAUAAAGCCCAAUGAUGUCUUGUUUUCACAAGAAAAAUAAGGGAUCUGUCCAGUUGUGUUUCCACUUACCGAAAACUGUACGAUUUGAAACCCAUUUAUUUGGGCAGCAGUGUGGAGUAGUGGUUAGGGCUCUGGACUCUUGACCGGAGGGUCGUGGGUUCAAUCCCCAGUGGGGGACACUGCUGUUGUACCCUUGAGCAAGGUACUUUACCUAGAUUGCUCCAGUAAAAACCCAACUGUAUAAAUGGGUAAUUGUAUGUAAAAAUAAUGUGAUAUCUGUAUAAUGUGAAAUAAUGUAUAAUGUGAUACCUUGUAACAAUUGUAAGUCGCCCUGGAUAAGGGCGUCUGCUAAGAAAUA